AUGCCACCGCCGACUCCCCCACCCAAUCGCCUGUCCGUAUCCGCCCCAGGCCACCCACUCUCAGCGCGCCACAGCGUCCAAGCAGCCCGUCGUCUGCCGCGUAUCCCCGACCCUGCGUCUCAGUCCACUGACAACAAUCAGAGAACCAACACCCACAACCGCAUUAACGAAGCAAUCAAUUCACUAUGCGCAACCCGCCACGCGAUCUCUGAGCUCGAGGCCCACCACCGCGGCGUUAUCGAAGCCAAGGACGCUGAGAUGGCAACACUACAGCAGCGUUUCACGGGACUGAAUACUCUGCAUAGGAGUACUAAGGCGAGGCUAGACGACAAGAUCGAGGACCAGGGAAAGAUGCAUACCCAGAUGAAGACGUUGAAGCGUGAACUUGCGGCUGAGAAGGCGAAGAAGGGUGUCGCCGACGACGAUAUGGAAAAGCGGUUGGUUGAGGCGCGCGAACAGAACUGUAUGUUGACUGCGAAGGUUCUAGGGCUAGAGAACGAGCUCGCGGAUGAGAGGGCGACGCGAAGGGAGAACGAGGAUGCGAAGAGGGAGUUGGAGGUUAUGAAGACGAAGUUGGCGGAUAUGGUUAGUGGGGAGAAGGUCAAGGUUGAGGUGGUUGAGUAG